CUGGGAACAUAUGUUUCUAUGGCCAGUGUGAGUACUACUGUUCAUCAGAGCACCCAGUAUGCGGCCAGCCCCAUGCGCUGGAGGUUUCCCUGGCUGCCAUGCUACCUGACCUCACCAUAGCUCCUCGCAGGUCCUGGAGGUCACCAUGGAGACGCGCCUACAGCCACAAAAAGCUAGCAAAGUGGGAGAAGGACGCUGCAUACUGUGACACGGUGAAAAAGACACCUCCUUACAGCCACGGCACCAGACUGGUGGAUCUCAUAGAUAUGGCCAUACUGGACUUCCUCAUGAGCAACAUGGACAGACAUCACUAUGAGACCUUUGAAGAAUUUGGCAAUGAUACUUUCCUGCUACACCUGGAUAAUGGACGGGCGUUUGGGCGCCACUCUCAGGAUGAGCCAUCUAUUCUGGCUCCUUUGAAACAGUGUUGCAGGAUCCGUCGCUCCACACUCCUCCGCUUGCGCCUCUUGUCCCUCACAAGCUUCCGUCUGAGCGAUGUCAUGCGGGACUCCCUUCCCCAGGACCCUCUAGCUGGUGUGGCCCCCCUGCUGUCUGAAGCACAUCUCUCUGCUCUGGACCGCCGCCUCGCUGCAGUCCUGCAGGUGGUGCAGAGCUGUCAGGAGCAGCACACAGAUUUGAUUUAUAACGACUUGGAAGGAUAUGAACAUGAAUAUGAUCAACAGCUUGACUGA